AUGGCCGAACGAUCCAGAUCAACGCCGCUGAUGCGGAUGCUCCUUUCGGGGGAAGUCAGCGGAGAGACACCACGGGAUCUGAGUCCGAUGGAGAAGUUCGAUCGGUGGAUGGUUAAUGAGGGAUCCAGACGAAUCUUCGUCGGCACAUUCAUUGUCGUUCACGCCAUGAUCUACGCCUUUGGCUUCAUGAACUAUCAACUAAAAGACAACCUCAACAACGCGCGCGCGACAUUUGGCCUUGGCUAUCCGAUUGCCCGUUCUGCCGCUCUUUGCUUGCAUUUCGAUGUCGCUUGCAUCCUACUACCAGUAUGCCGGACACUCAUUUCGUUGGCGCGACAGACGCCUUUGAACAGCAUCAUUCCUUUUGACAAAAACAUCACAUUCCACAAGUGCAUUGGACACUCUAUCGUCUUUUUCACAUGGGUUCAUACGAUUGCCCAUCUCAACAAUGUCGCUCAGCUAUCGGCUAAGAAUAACCAAGGUUUCGUGGGUUUUCUCAAGGGGAACUUCAUGACGGGUCCUGGUUGGUCAGGCUACGUCCUUACCAUCGUGAUCAUGGCUAUGUGGUUCACUGCGCUAGAAGGUCCUCGACGUGCUAACUUCGAGCGCUUCUGGAACACUCAUCAUCUUUUUAUCCUCUUCUUUGUAUUCUGGUCAGUACACGGAGCCUUCUGCAUGAUUCCUGAGGACAACAGACCAUUCUGCCUACAGAAUGCCGCCUUCUGGAAGUGGUGGAUGAUUGGAGGCUUUUCGUACCUGACCGAGCGCAUCCUGCGAGAAAUUCGUGGUGCGCACAAGACCUAUGUCAGCAAGGUGGUGCAGCAUCCGUCCAAUGUUGUCGAAAUCCAGAUCAAGAAAGAGAAUGUCAAAGUCCGAGCCGGCCAGUACAUCUUCUUAUGCUGUCCUGAGGUCUCAUUGUGGCAAUACCACCCUUUCACGCUGACAUCGGCACCUGAGGAAGAUUACAUUUCGGUACAUGUGCGCAUGGUUGGUAACUUCACCAAAGCCCUUGGCAAGGCCUUGGGAUGCUCAGACCCAAAGGAGAAGACCGAUCGAUCCAAGGUCGUUUCCAUGGCACCCGUCAAUGGAAAGAAGCAGCUCAAUGUCACGAAACUCCUUCCUCGGGUAUACAUCGAUGGACCAUUUGGUAGCGCGUCCGAAGACGUCUUCAAAUUCGAGACCGCCUUGCUAUGUGGCGCUGGCAUCGGCGUAACACCCUUUGCCUCCAUUCUCAAGUCGAUAUGGUACCGAAUGAGCAACCCCUCUACAAAACACUCGACACGGCUUCGGAAGGUCUAUUUCUUCUGGGUCUGUCGAGAUUUCGGCUCGCUGGAGUGGUUCAAGUCCCUACUCGGCGCCAUUGAGAGCCAGGACAAGACACAUGCCAUUGAGAUCCACGCAUACCUCACCGCCAAGAUCUCCGCUGCCGACACCUCCAACAUCAUCCUCAACUCAGGCGACACCGACGCCAUCACCGGCCUGCGCACCGCGACCAACUUCGGCCGCCCUAAUUGGGACAUGGUCUUCCGCGGAAUACGCAAGAUCCACAACCCGGGAGAGUGCGGCGUGUUCUUCUGCGGACCCAAGGGUCUCGGCAGCCAGCUGCACAUCAAGUGCAACAUGUACACUGAGGCAGGCGAGAAUGGCUACAAGUUCGUCUGGGGUAAAGAGAACUUCUAA